AUGACCGACGAAUAUAAGCCUCCGGCGCUCCCGUCGCCUUUCUCAAAUACCAGCCCGGCACCCGUGCUCCUCACUCAGGGCGCCGAGGCCCACGUCUACAAAACCGUCUCCCUCGACCCCUCCAUUCCGGCCGCUCUCAAGAUCCGCCCCUCCAAACCAUAUCGGCACCCGAUCCUCGAUCGUCGCUUGACCCGGCAGCGAAUCAUCCAGGAAGCACGAUGCAUGGUGAAAUUGGUCCGGGAAGGCGUCAGUGUCCCCGCCGUGCUCUCGAUGGACUGGGAGGGACAGGGCGGCGAGAACGGCGGCUGGGGAGGAGCUUGGCUGCUCAUGGAAUGGAUCGAUGGACCAGUUGUGCGCAUCGUCCUUGAGCAAUGGGAAGCAUGGAUGAAGAAGAACAGUGCCUCGCUGGAUCAGUCCCAGCUCGAGCAGGAGGAGGAGCGAGUGCGGGGGCUGCUGCGACGCGUGGGACAUGCCCUCGGUGGACUGCACAAGGCUGGCGUGGUUCACGGUGAUUUGACGACGAGUAAUCUUAUGCUCCGAUCACCAUCUACGUCCUCGGAUCCUGGGCCUACGGGUGUCUCCAUGGAAGGAGAGGUCGUCCUCAUUGAUUUCGGACUUGCCUCGCAGACUGCGCAAGACGAAGACCGCGCGGUGGAUCUGUACGUGCUGGAGCGGGCAAUGGGCAGCACACAUCCCCGCUCAGAACCCCUCUUCGAGGCCUUGAUGCAAGGCUACCGGGAGAGCUACAAGGGCGCUACUUCUGCACUCAAGAGGCUUGCGGAUGUGCGGUUGCGAGGCCGCAAGCGGAGCAUGCUUGGAUAG